UGAUCAGACUGAGAGGAGCUCCAUUUCCUGCCCUCUGCCUCUGAGACAGGCGCUGUAAGUCCUCUUAAUGCGGAUAAUGCGCAGGACGCUUUGAGCGCGGUGCACGCAGCCGGCGGGGACGCGCAGCUCUCUUUGGAUUUGGACAGAACCUGCUGGGCAGAGAGGCCACGGCCCGUUCAGUUUAUGUGUUCAGAACGAGGAGAAAGCAGCUUUAUUUGAAGAUUUUUUUUAAAGAAAAGUUUUUCCUCCCAUGAAGUGAUGAUGUCUCGCACCCAGAUUAGAUUUUUAUUGGAUUAAUCAGGAYGGCAGUGGAUGAUGAGAGGCAGAGGGGAAGUUCAGUGGGCUGUGGACAGGCUGCAGAUGGUGCUUUUAGUCAAACACCAGGAGAAGUUUGAGCUCUGAAAUGGACUCAAAUGGAUCUUCAAUCAAUUGCAGCCAAUCGCUGGCGAGCGGUCUGGAGAAGAUGUCCCCGUCUAGAAACAAACCAGCUCUGUCUCACAGUAGUAGCACGCUGUCAUCUCCUCACUCCCGACAGAUAAACAAAGAUUGGGAAGUGAUUGAAGAUCUUCAAGUAGAAAUGCAAACAGGAAGUGAAAAUCCUGAGUUUUUAACGGCUCCUGGAAUCUGUGAAGGAUAUCUUUUAAAGAGAAGAAAGUGGCCUCUUAAAGGCUGGCACAAGCGAUACUUUGUAUUGGAAGCAGGAAUCUUGCGUUACUCUAAAUAUCAACAGGAUGUCUCCAGGGGACGAGUCCAGGGUUCGUUAGACAUUAGUCUCGCUGUGAUGACAGUUAACAAGAAAUCCAAUCGGAUUGACUUGGAUGCAGGAGACAUUCUCUAUCACAUGAAGGCGAAGAGCCCUGAACUCUUUUACAUUUGGGUGACGAAGCUGCAAGCACACCGCCUGUUCAAAAAGAACGAGACAGCGUUUGUCCACAACAGCCUCCAGCAGACGCUGCCCCAAACAACUUCAGCUCAGAGAAAUGGAGGCUUGAGCUGUGCAGGGAUGGAAGAUUCAGCUGGUGGGUCGGGGGUCAUUCUGCCGUUAGCCAACACAGCUGUGAACACCAAGGUAUCAGCCUGGCUGAGGCAAAGCCACGGUCCAGAUAUCUGUGUUCAAGAGCUGAACCGCUGUAAUCUGGAUAUUUCCGAGUUGAACUCUUUAAUUCAGCGGCUCCAGGCGCUGGAGGCGGACCAGAUUUUCACUAACGGAGAUCUGCAGCGCAUCAUCAGCAUACAGAAUCUCUCACUUGAGAAGCCAAAGAAGCCAAAGUCAGGAAAGAUACGGGGUCACUCCCGCACUCUGUCCAGAGUGGAGGCCCUGGGGAUGCCUAUUCGUGGGAUUUCCAAAUCGCUGUCCUCCAGUCACCUGAGCAGCUCGUCCCACCUCGGUGCAUCGGUGCCCUCCAUCCCCGACUACGUCUACUCUCAGCUGGCGCCCUCCACUGUCUUAUCACCCGAGGGCAAGAAAAUCCAGCAGGACAUCUGCGCCGUGUCACUGCGAGUUCUUGCUUCUCUGAAGUCGGUGCAUGAAACUCUGUCCCUGGAGCGGCAGAAGCUGCAGGAAGCCUGGGAAGCCAACAACCACCAGCAGCCUGACUUGUUAGACUUGCCCGCUCCGUCCCUCGGCCCACCUUCAGUAGUGGAUUCAGCUGCAGAAUAUUUCGACGCCAGUGACAACAUCCAUUGGGGCAGUUCCUCUGAGGUGUCUGAUGAGUCUGGACUCAGUGAUGGAAGCACCACAAACUCAGAGCCAGAGGAGGGACAUGCAUCAACAACCCGAAAAUACCGUGCAAGCAUUUCCCGGAGUCCUAACAACGUUGUUCCAAAGAGCACCGGCCGCCGGACUACGUUACCCGCUCACUGUCCUGAUAACAGCCACGUGGGCCUCGUGGCCAUCCUCUACAACAACAUAGGUAAAGAUUUAGCUCGAGUUUCAAUGCCUGCCGCUCUGAACGAGCCCGUUAACCUUCUGCAGAGGCUGUGUGAGGAGCUGGAGUACAGCCAGCUGCUGGACACGGCCAACAACACGCCGGACCCAUUCCAGAGGAUGGUUUACAUUGCUGCCUUUGCCAUUUCCGGUUACACCACUGCAACAUUCAGAAACCGCUACAAGCCCUUUAACCCGGUGCUGGGGGAGACCUUCGAGUGCAUCCGAGAGGACCGAGGUUUCCGUUUCAUUAGUGAGCAGGUCUGCCAUCAUCCGCCCAUCUCAGCCUGCCAAGCCGAGUCAGAAAACUUCUCAUUUUGGCAAGACCAGCGAUGGAAGAAUAAAUUUUGGGGGAAGUCUCUGGAGAUUUAUCCAACAGGAAUGGUCAAUGUGACUUUAUCCAGGUACGGAGACCAUUACGAGUGGAACAAAGUGGUGACCUGCAUCCACAACGUCUUCAGCCAGCAGCGAUAUCUGGAGCAUUAUGGAGAGGUGACCAUCCAAAACCUCAACAACAAAGUCUGCACCUGCAAGAUCACUUUUGUUAAGUCUCGUUAUUGGGGUUCAGACACGAACAAAAACGAAGUCCAGGGAACUGUGUUGGACCAAAGUGGCAACAUCAUCCAUCGAUUCGGAGGUCUGUGGCAUGAAGGGAUCUUCUGUGACACCCUGCCGACGCCAAAAUGCAUAUGGAAGCCAAAUCCCCAGCCAAAGGAUUAUCUGCUGUAUUACGGCUUCUCCACCUUCGCCAUGGAGCUAAAUGAGCUGGAGCCGGACCUGAAGCCUCUCCUGCCUCCCACAGACACUCGCCUGCGCCCAGACCAAAGGAAAGCCAGAGACUCAUGUGGACGGGACGUUUGGUUGACAACUGGGACUUACUGGGAGCUAAGAGAAAAUCCAGGUUUCUCUAAACUGGACCACCUGACUCUGUGGUGACGAGACGAGRCCGCUGCAGGACACAUCCCAUAAACCACGGAGCAAACAUGACCUGCUCAGAGAGCAGAGACCAUGCUUUCCCUUCUCUCAAACCCAUGACUGGUUCAUGGGAAACUUUUAUCAGCAACAAACACGACUGGUGGAAAAAAUACAUUUAUAUAUCCAAUUUAUUCAUCAUUAAUAUUUAUAGAUUACUUCUAUCAAUUGAAUGCAUUUUUAUUGUCUGUGAACUUCAGUUAGCUGAGAAGCUGCUUUUGUUCUUUCAGAUCAGAUCAGGCCUCRUGUGUUAGACGGACAAUUCUUCUCUUAAUCCAGCUUAAUCUGCAUUUUAUUCCUGACUGAAUGGAGUUUGUUACACAGUCUGACCUGUGCUGGUGAAGUCCAGCUGAUAAUGUUCUACAAGUAUAAAUACACUCACCAUCUACUGGACGACGCCUGUUUUUCCAGCCUCUACAGAGAACCUGCUGUACCAUCUGCAUGACCUGUUAUUAUGUUCUGAACUGGACUCAUUCUUUUAGUAAAAAACAAUAUUUAAUGAAA